UCCAUCUAUAAAGGCAAUAAUAAAUAGAUAUAACAUAUGUGAAAGGGAGUAGAAAGAGUAUAACUUGUUGUAAUGGAUGAAUGUGUCCGAUUUGAGUCAAUUAAUUUAGAAACUACUUUUUUUUUAUUGUAAGGUUCUAAAUUGUAGGUAAAUUAGCACUUUUUUGGUUAGUAUUUUCCAAAAACAAUUUGCAACAAAAAAUCUUACUUGUACUUUUAGCCGCCAAAGUGAUAUUUCUAAUAAUUAGAUUAUUUGAUGACGAUUUCUGGUCCAUUUAGAAGCAAUCAUAUAUUGAGGAAUCCUGUCAAAGAUAAGGUCCACCUUAAUCUGCCAACUAUAUACUAUAGAGGAAAUGAUUAUGAGGCUGAAGAUUUCAAUCAUCAGUUCACAAAUGAUAUACCAAAUCUAAAUGAGCCGCCGAUCAAUCUAGUGCUUUGUUUAGAUGGUACUGAGAAUGAAUUUGGAGUCAAACCAUAUUCCAAUGUGUUGAAAACGUUCGGUAUGUUAGAGAAGGAUAAUCCUCAUCAGUUAUGUUAUUAUCAACCUGGAAUUGGUGUUAGGUUUGAGGCAGAGUCUAAUAAUUACGAAGAGGUUAAUUUCGUUAGUUCCAAGACAAGUAAAGUUACCAACAAGUUGGAUUCAAUUGUGGCAUUUUCAUUAGACCGCCAUGUUAUUGCUGCUUAUAACUUUUUAUGCCGUUUCUAUAAACGUGGCGAUAGAAUAUAUUUGUUUGGUUUCAGCAGAGGAAGUUUCUGUGCCAGGAUUUUGGCGGGAAUGAUAGAACGUGUUGGAUUACUCAAUAAAGGGUUAGAAGAAAUGACAGCUACUGCUUGGGAACUUUAUAGUAACUGGGAGUAUGCUGGUCAACCUACUCAAGCCGAUUCAUCAGUAACAUUAAUUCAAGCCUUCAAAGAAACUUUUUCUAGAAAUGAAGUUGAUAUACAUUUCAUGGGGUUAUGGGAUACUAUUAAUUCAGUAGGUAUUAUUAGAGAUAGGUUAUUUCCUUAUACUAUAAGAAGUGCUAUAGUGGAACAUGUGAGACAUGCAGUUAGCAUCGAUGAAAGAAGAGCAAAGUUUAAACAAUUGCUUUUCGAACCAUAUAGCUACUAUCCCCAUUUAUUUAGUUUAGAUUGUGAAGGAUGUGAUGAUAAUGAAGAUGUUGACGGAGAACAAGAAGAGUCUACUUCUUCCUUACUCACAGAAAUUAUGUCUGUCACACCUCCAUUUGCGGGCAAAGUAAGACGGAACAGAAGUUAUAAACUUGAAAACUUACUGUCUGAAGAUGUUAUUGAAAUGUUCUUCCCAGGAAAUCACGGUGAUUGUGGUGGAGGUUGGCCAGCCGAUCUAGAAGGUCAAUUUCUUGGAAAUAUUCCACUACGUUGGGUAAUCCUGGACGCAGUUAAAUUUGGAGUUAUAUUCAAAAAGGGUGUCCUUCAUGAAUUUGAAAGGAAUCAUCCAGUUUCUGAAAGCUUCUUAUCUUGUCAUCAUGAUAUGUUAGCUCUUAAUAAAGGUCAUCCGGUCCGUCAUAAAACUGAAACAUUUAUGGAGUUUGUAAAAAGAGCAUUGGGUCUUACAAAAGUCAAUUUAACGUAUCAACAAGUUGUCGAAGAAAUUGAGGUUGGUCCAAGAACAUCUUCAUAUUCACAAGAAAGUAGGAUGAUUAAUGUUGAAGAGAAUAACAGUUCUUCAACAAGAACAGAAUUCAUACUUCCAGAGAACCCUAUCAAGAGAUUUGAUGGUAGAGGCGACGAGAGUCAGAUUUCAAUUAUGCUUUGGUGGUUAAUUGAACUAUUACCUAUUGGAUAUAAAGUUGAAGAUAAAUAUGGUGAAUGGAAGCAAGUAUAUGUCCCAAAUUUAGGUAGACAUAGAAAAAUACCAAAGAAUUGUCAAUUACAUUGGAGUUUCUUUUAUAGAUUACAUUAUGUUGAGGAUUAUGUACCUACUAAUAUUUCUGAUUAUAAAUUAGGUCAAAGAUUUAUUGAUCUGUUGCAACCAUUUAAAGAUAUAUAUGAUAGUGCAGAAGUUGAAAAAAUGGCAAAUGAUUUAACAUUUGAAAAGAUUAGAAAUAGUUGGAAUGAUGAGAUUUGGACCAUUAUUCCUGAUGAAUUAAAGGAUUUAUUAGAUAAAUAUCCUGAUUUAUAAAAAAUAGAAUGCGAUAAUAUAUAUAUUAAUUUUUAAAAAAUAUAUAAAAAGGUUAGUUUGAAAAAAGUGUAUUAUAUAAAUAGAAGUUUCUUCCUUUUACUUUUUAUAUUUAUUUCUUAAAUUUAAAAAAGUGAAGAAGAAAUAGUGAUUUUAUCUAUAAC